AUGGAGUUGCCAGGGUCAAAUGCAGUCGAAUGGGAAGACGCAUUCAAGUUGUUAGGGAUAGAUGAACGCGCUUCGGAGUCCCAGAUUCGUACAGCAUACCGUAAGCGCUCCCUUCAAUUUCAUCCCGACAAGGCGCGCGACAUCCCGCCUGAUGCGGCAGCUGAAAGAUUUCAUCGCCUCACACUGGCGUAUGAGGCGCUCUUGGACCCAUCUUCGCGUGCUCGUCUGCUUGAAACAUUAGAGAAUGAAAAGGCUAGGCGUAAGCGACAAUCUGCUUUUGAUGAUCGGCGCAAGUCGAUGGCUGCUGACCUCGAGCGCCGCGAAGAAUUAGAUCGAGUGCAACGCGUCAAGUCCGAGCAAAAGCGUCGCGAAAGAGAGAGACGCAUCUCAGCACUUCGCGAAGAAGGACGUACAAUGCGCGUGGAAAGACACGAGCGUUUGCUUGAGCGCUGGCAACAGUCAUCGCGGACAUCGCAGUCUUUUGCAUCGACCGCUUCUACCCUAAGUGCGGACGGUCUGCCGCCAUGGGGACCGUCCGAUUCGAGUGUAUUGAUUCGCUUUCCAUCAGAGCAGGCUGUUAGUAUGUGGGGUGCAGAUACACUACCUCACAACCUUCUUCAGACACCGCUGGGUGAAGCUCUUACGUUGUCAUAUGGACCUCUAUCCUCGGUUCAUAUUAAACCGUCACAAAAGAAACGGCGCGAAGUAUCUGUGAUUGCGUCUUUUGAACAUGGUGUACAUGCUUGGCGAGCUGUCACUGAAGGAUCGGAUUUACGGUGCUCUCACAUCUUGCUGCAAGACUGCUGGAUUGGGUGGUGGGAUCCGUCUACAGGCAAGGCCGCAACCCAUCCGCCAGCGCGAGUUCAAGCAUGGAUCCAGGGUGGUGUGUCCGCUCGCGAUGCACCUGUGGAAACAAGAACGCCACAUGAUGCGGCCGAUGAAUUUGACUAUGAAUACGAGGCGAGCACACUUGCACGUCUCCGUCAAGUCGCAUCAACAUUUCCUCAGCAUGAGCGCUAA